AAAAAUCUCCCCCAAUCAUAUUUCAACUGGAGGGAAUACAGUAUAUUGUAGCCUCUGUCUUGAUCCACAAUAACUCUCACCCCCCGACACUCUCCUGUGUAUACCCACCUGCGGUUACUCUAGAUUAUGAGGAAAUUCAAAACUCUCAUUCUUGAUUUCUAAUCUUGUCGUGAUAGCGGAUACUCAGUCAAAUACUGGCUUAAGUUUGGUCGUUGUCUCCCCUCCCUUCUAUAAUUUUUGACGUCACGAAUAGGACCUUGGUGGAACCCAAACAGAGCAGGUUAUUGAUGAGCAGUGCUGCUAAGGGUUACACCCGAAACGUUGACUUCUCCAUCUCCUGAUGCUGCCUGGCCUGUUGUGUUCUUCCAGCCUCCUGCCUGUCUAUUCAUAACACUGUCAAACACAUUCCUGUUGGUUCAUUUAAGAUAGGAGUAUUGGAUGGGAUUGUAAUGGAGGUAGACAGCUUUUGACAGGUAAUGAAUCGGAAGAGAAACUUGAUACCAGACGUUUUCCGAAAGGUUAAGAAGCAAAAAGUUGGAUUAGCAGAAGAAUUUAAAUUAUUAGUUAAGAAUGAAGCCAAAGAUUUUGAAGGAAUGCCAAAUGAUACCAAGUCUGCACUGAUUUUUUUAGCGUCAUUGUUUCCUCGUAAGUUAUUUGAUGAUUCUCUUCCACCUAUUGUUUUAAAACACCAACUUUACAGCAUUGUUAAAGACAAAACUACAGUUGAUCGUCAGCUGAAUGAGCUGAAAGAUCUGGGACAUGUUCGGAUUUUCCAAUUUGGAUUUGACACAGAUGUGUUUGGCAUUGUAUUUACUGAGGAUUACAAAAGUAAGGUUUUGGCUGCGACAGCAAUGAAAGAAACUGCUUCAACAGUGCAAAGGUUUCUGGACACUGUGGUGAACUCGUGUACAGAUCUUGGUUUCAACAAAGAUAAAAUGCUGAAGGAGUUUUCAUUUCAUGACCAAGAAAUUACGCAACUAGUGAACGCAGGAGUUCUUACAGUACGAGAUGUUGGAAGUUGGUGGCUUGCCAUUCCAGGUGCUGGCCGAUUUGUGAAAUAUUUUGUAAAUGGUCGCAAAGCUGUUCUUCGCAUGAUACGGAAAUCUAAAUACAAUGAGGUUUUGCAGUCUGACUUAGAAACACGUAAAGGCACAUCCAUGGUGAAGUUAGGGAUCCAGUAUCAUGUCCAUGACAUCAUUGGAGCAGAGUUGGUGAAAUGCGUCCCAACAACUACUGGAACUUUGCUGCGCUUGAAUGAAUCCUGAUCCACGGAUCGCAUGCAAAUCCACCUAUGAAUCAAGUUCGAUCUGAUCACCGGAACAGGAUGCUGGAAAAGGGGAGCAACGUGGAAAGAGGCAGGGGAAAAGGAUAUAGACAUUGUUUUUUUUUAAAUUCAAUAUUGCUGAAAGAUUUGAUACUACAAAACUAAAUAUUUCAGCUAUUUAUUUGCCAACCCUGUGAUACAAGAUUAACAUUAACUAUUGUAUUAAAAAUACAUAUCAACAUAUUCAGUUGAACUUGACUGCGUUCAAGUUUAACUUAGUUAAAUGGAAUGAACUGUGUUUGUUUUUUAUUCCCAAUGAAUUUUGCAAUAUACAGUGAGCAUAAUGGAUCUACGUGGAAAGCUCAGAUUACAGUGCAAAAGUGUUUGAAUCAUACGUUCAAUAAGUUAUUGGGUUAACUGAGAUUUUAACCCAGAUCAUUUCAAAUGCUAAAAGGAAGCUCGAAAUCCCUUAUUUAACAUUUUUAAUUACUUGAAGCUCGACUACAAGUCAUCAAACCAUUUAGUCAAAAGGAAGCUGAAACCCAAUGGUUAAGUUUAGAAUUUGGUUUUCAUUUAAUUUGAGUCUAUUUAUGUAAAAUUGCGAUAUAUACAAAAAUGGUCACAAAGCAGAAAAAUCUAUCAUUAACUGCAAAUGCUUUGAACUUGGACCCCAAAUGGAAAUGUAGCAUCUGGUUGAUUAAAAUCAUUAUGAUCAAAUGAAUUGCAUUUGUAAGCUGCCUUGUGAAUCAUGCCGUGACUUCAUGGCUCUGUUUGUUUCUCGAUCAGUUUAUGUUAAACAAUUGGUUGAACCAUUUGUUGCCAGAUAGUCUCACUAUCACGUCCUGCUGCUCUCUGCUAACAUUGUUCCCUGGUGCAGAAUCAUCCUGGAGUACAAUCUUUUUUGGGUUUUUUUCUUUGAUGGGAAGGGAGCAUUGCUGGCAAGACCAGCAUUUGUUGCUUAACUCUAAUUGCCCUAAACAGAGUAGCUUGCUAAGCUAUUUGAGAAGGCAUUAAGAGUCAAAUGCAUUGCUGUAGGUCAAGAGUCAUCUGUAGACCAGACCAGGUAAGGACAGCAGAUUUCUUUCCCUGAAUGACAUAAAUGAACCAGAUGGAUUUUUUCUUUUAAACAAAAAUUGAUUGUUUCAUAGUCACCAUGAAUGCAACUUGCUGUCAUUUCCAGAUUUAUUAAUUGAAUUUAAAUUCCACCAUCUGCCAUAGUGAUUGAUUUCAUUAUUUGAACCCAUAUCCUUGAGAUGAUUGGCCUGGACAUUUGGAUUACUGGUCCAGUGACAAUAUCACCACACCGUCAUCUCCAGGAAUGUCAGAUCAGCCAUGAUCCUAUUGAAGGAUAGAACAGGUUCAAGGGGCCAAAUGGUCUAUUCCAGUUUCUAUUUAUUACAGUCUUAUGGACUACUCUCACCUGGUUCUAUUCUUAUCUCUAUUAUAGUACCAAGAAAAUCACUUGCAGAUGCUUCUCUUCCUUCUUGUGUUCUGUUGCCUGUGGUAUCUCUAAUCAAUCACUGGCUUCCUCUUAUUUUUCAUCUAUGUGCUGCCUGUCAUGACACCAUCCAAAAGUACCACACUAGUUUGAUACAUAUAUUGAUGAUUCUCAGUUCCACUUUCCUACAACCUCUCGACUCCUGUACUAUUAUUAAACUGUCAAACUGCAUAUCUGACAUUCAGCACUGAAUGAGAAAUUUUCCCUGAAUAUUAGGAAGUCUGAAGCCAUUAUUUUUGGUUCCCACUCCAAACAUCAUUCCCUAAUAACCUUAUCCCUUUCUCUGGCAACAGUCUGAGAUUAGGACAAUCUGUAUCCAAUCUUCGUGUCACUUAAGAGUCCAAUUUCAUCAUGCCAUUAUGCCCUGUAAUAAUAUAGAAUUUCAUCCCAACUUCAGUUUACCUUGCUGAAAUCCUUGUUCAUGCCUGCAUUGCUCUAGACUUAAGUAUUCUAAUGCACUCCUAGCUAGGCAUCUACAUCCUACUCUCUGUAAACUUGAGGAUUUCCAAAAACCACUUGUUGUCUCCACUUGUUUCUGUGGUGGCUAAAUCCCACUGCCUCUUGGUCAAGUCAUGUCUUGAUUUUAAAAUUCUCAUUCUUGUUUUCAAAUCCCUUGCUGUCUGUAGUCUCCUCCAAGAUACCUUUGCGCCUAUAAUUCUGGCAUUUUGAAAAUCCUUGACUUUAAUUUCAGUUCAGUUAUGUAGGUGCUGAGCUCUAAUACACUUCCUGCAUCUAAUUUGUUUUUUUUCUUUUUAAGGCAUAUCUUAAAAUCUCCCUCUUCAAUCAAGCCAGUGACUCUUUAUCUCUUUGCAUGACUUGGUGUCAUAUAUUGCUUUAUAAUGCUUCUGUGAAGCAACCUGAGGGAUUUUAUGAUAUUAAAGGUGCUAUAUAAAUUUA